AUGGCUUCCGUGUACAAAUCGCUGUCGAAAAAGACCGACAAGGUCGAGGCGCCCGCCAAUGGCGUACAGAAGAACCGUCAGAAGAGGCGAACUCUAAUCCUCUCCAGUAGAGGUGUAACAUACAGACACCGACACCUGAUGAACGACCUCGCGACGCUGAUGCCCCACGGAAAGCUUGACAGCAAGUUCGACGAGAAGCACAACCUUUCCGCUCUGAACGAGCUUGCGGAAAUGAUGAACUGCAACGGGAUCAUGUACUUCGAGGCCAGAAAGGCCAAGGAUCUUUACAUGUGGAUUUCAAAUUGCCCCAAUGGACCCGCGAUCAAAUUCCACCUCCAGAACAUACAUACGAUGGGGGAGCUUAAUUUCAAUUUCCCUGGUAAUUGUCUCAAGGGAUCGCGCCCAAUACUCUCUUUUGAUGCUCCCUUUGACGACGAGAAGAACCCCCACCUUCAAGUCAUCAAGCAAGCAUUCAUUGCAAACCUGGGAGUGCCUCAAGGUGCGCGGAAAGCAAAGCCUUUUAUCGACAGGGUGAUUGGAUUCUCCUAUCUCGACGGAAAGGUUUGGAUUCGCCAGUACCAGGUGCAGGAGGUGGAAGCCGAUGAAAAUUCCGAUGAGACGACCACCAAAGUCCAUGCCGGCAAGAAAACCGAUGUUAAAUUGCUGGAGAUCGGCCCGAGGUUCACUGCCACCCCAAUUCUGAUCCAGGAAGGAUCUUUCGGAGGACCUCUCCUUUGGAACAGUAAGGAGUUCGUCAGCCCGAACCAAAUUCGUGCCGACAUCAAACGCAAGAAGGCUACCCGCCAUGUUUCGCGUGUGGAACAGCAGGUUGAGAGAAUGGCAAAGAAGGGCGAAUUGGGCAUCAGGUCAAAGGGAGGACGGCCCGCAGCGAAGGACGAAUUAGAUACCAAGACUUUGUUUGCUUAA